AUGGCCUAUAGGGUUGUGUCCAGCCGCGCGGCGCCGUCCUCGAGCUCCAAGUUCAGCAGCAGGUUCAUGUUUAUUUUCACGCUCUCGCUAUCCUUCACGUAUGUGUGCUACAGCGUGCUCUUCUGCUCGGCUCCGGUGAUCCCGAGCAGCCGGUUCGAGGAGCGGAAGUGCGCGCGCGGACAGAGCGCCGGCGCCAAGAAGCUGCUGCAGAGGCCAGGUGUGUGCAACUCCAACCGGAGUGAACUCAGAGCCACGGCGGCUCCACUGCGUCUAAACCGGAGCGAGCAGCCGGGCGCGCGGGGUUCGCGUGCGCGCGGUGCCGACACGGCGCGCUCCAAACCAGCCAACGCUUCCACUGUUUCUAGCGCGAGCGCGCAGCGGUACGGAAACAAGAAGCUGCCCAACGCGCUGAUCGUGGGCGUGAAGAAGGGCGGCACGCGCGCUGUUCUGGAGUUCAUCCGCAUCCACCCGGAUGUGCGCGCGCUCGGGACCGAGCCGCACUUCUUCGACCGGAACUAUGACAAAGGCAUGGACUGGUACAGAGGCCUAAUGCCACGAACAUUGGACAGCCAAAUCACCAUGGAGAAAACACCCAGCUACUUUGUAACGCGUGAGGCUCCACGCCGCAUCGCCAGUAUGUCCCAAGACACCAAAUUAAUUGUGGUGGUGCGAAAUCCAGUGACCCGAGCCAUCUCGGACUACACACAGACACUGUCCAAAAAGCCAGACAUCCCCAGCUUUGAGGAGCUCGCCUUCAAGAACAGGAGCCAAGGAUUGGUGGACACCUCAUGGAACGCCAUCCGCAUAGGCAUGUAUAUCCUGCACCUAGAGAACUGGCUGCAGUACUUCCGGCUCUCACAGAUCCAUUUUGUGAGCGGCGAACGGCUCAUCACGGACCCAGCUGGUGAGCUGGGCCGCGUGCAGGAUUUUCUGGGACUUAAACGCAUCAUCACAGACAAGCACUUCUAUUUCAACCGAACGAAAGGCUUCCCCUGUUUGAAGAAGCCUGAGAGCAGCAGCACUCCUCGAUGCCUUGGCAAGUCCAAGGGCAGGACACAUGUGCAAAUCGACCAGGAGGUCAUUGAGCAGUUGCGUGACUUUUAUAGGCCUUUCAAUGUGAAGUUUUAUGAAAUGGUCGGACAUGACUUCAGAUGGGACUGA